CUCCGUCGAUUACGAUCAGGCUCAGCUUCAUCAGAGAAGACCCAUAGAAAAGGGACUCGCGACACCUUCUUGCUCCGACGCCUCCUCAAGUCCUGCUGCACAGUGAAAGAAGGUAGGCAGAUACAUGGGCAUAUCAUCAGGCUAGGUUUUAAACAACUCAUCUUCCUCCAAACUGCUCUCAUAGCCAUGUACUCAUCGUCUAGCUGCAGCCUAGUGACCGAUGCGCAUGCAGUGUUUGAUGAGAUGAAACACAGAAAUUUUGUUGCUUGGAGUGCCCUGAUCACAGGUUACGUGCGCAAUGGGAAGCCCAACAAGGCCCUCAAGCUCUUCCGGGAGAUGCAGGAGGAGGGCUUAGAGCCUGAUCAAGUCACGUUGGCCAUUGCACUCUCUGCAUGCGCUGAUCUUGGUGCAUUACAGACAGGCGAAUGGAUCCAUGCUUAUGCAUUAAAGAACAAUAUCACACCUGAUCUCUGCCUCGUGAACGCACUCAUAAACAUGUAUGGAAAGUGCAGCAAAGUCGAGAUUGCCCGGCACUUGUUUGACAACCUCGCCUACAGGGACAUCACCUCAUGGACCUCCAUGAUUGCCGCCCAUGCCUUGCAUGGAGAAGCUUUGAAGGCCCUGGGGCUCUUUGGAGAGAUGGAGGGCGAAAACAUCAAACCCAAUGAAGUCACCUUCGUGGGCAUAUUAACAGCUUGCAGUCAUGCAGGGCUCGUAGAGCGUGGGAGACAGCUCUUUGAGAGCAUGCACAAGGAAUAUGGGAUCAUGCCUAAAAUGUCACACUAUGGGUGCAUGGUCGACCUGUUGUGUCGAGCAGGCCGACUCACGGAUGCCUACGGCUUCAUCCAGUGCAUGCCAUUCCCACCCAAUGCAGUGGUGUGGCGCACCUUGCUCAGUGCAUGCAGCCUUCACGGAGACAUGGAGCUGGGGGCAAUUGCAAGGGAUUAUUUGGCAGAGCUGGAGCCGGGGCAUGUGGGCGACGAUGUGGUCUUAUCCAACAUGCAUGCUGCAGUGGGUCAGUGGGAUGAGAAGGCAGCCGUGAGGAAGAGAAUAAAGAGUAGAGGGAGACGGAGGCUUCCUGGAUGCAGUUUGAUUCAAGUAGAAGGCACAGUUAAUGAGUUUGUUAUCGCAGACAAUAAACACCCUCUCUCUGAGGAGAUAUAUGAGGUCCUCAAGGGGAUGUCUCAAAAUUUAGCAUCGUCAGACUAUCUAUGUUGAUGAUGCACAAUGAGGGCAUCCCCUUUUCUUUACUGAUCCUUCUUCAGAUUGUAUUUUAGUGUACCUAAUAAUUAAUUGAAUGGAGCCAACUGAAAAUGGACUUCUUCAUGUAAAGCAUUAUCACCGGCAGAGAUGGAGUCAAAAAGUGUAUUGACAAUUCUCCCUUCUAUUUCUUUUUUUUUUCCUUGUUUUGGAAGGGAGGGGAAGGACCCAUCUUGUGGGCUGCGUGAUUCCCAUUUGGGACUCUUUAAGAUUCAAUACAAGCUAACCUUUCAUUCAAAAUUCUUACCAUUCAAUUACUAAUAUUCCUUUUGGAAAAGAACUAUUUCGACGUGCAUCGUGUGAAUCAUAAAUUUAAUACAAAGUCAACAGUU